AUGCGUUUCACCUCUAUCCUCAUUGCUGGCGCCGCCGCCGCCGUCGCCCACGCCCAGAGCGCGACCUCGACUCCUGCGCAGACUCCCACCGGCACUGGCAUGAGCCCUGCCCAGUCCUCCUCUUUGGCCUGCCUUGACGCUUGCGCCCCUGGUGAUGUCAAGUGCCAAGCCGACUGCAUUGCCGUUCCCUCGCCCAACGACCAGAACGCCAACGACACCACCGCAUGUGCCGCUGCCUGCCCCAAGAGCGACGGCAGUGCUGGCGGCAACGAGGCCUGGGGCCAGUGUGUGUCCAACUGCAUCUCGCAGAACUACUUUGCGUCCAGCGGCACCCCCGAGCCCACUGGUGGUGCCGGUGGCUCCGGCUCCGGCUCCGGCAGCUCUGCUGCUCCCUCUGCCGCCGCCCCUGUCACUUCGACCGUUACUUCGAACGGCUCGACCUUUGUCACCACCCACACUCCUACCGCCUCUCACUCCCAGAGCGGCAGCGCAAGCUCUCCCAGCACCACUCCUAAUGCUGCCGGCAUGGUCACCGUCAGCACUGGUGCUGGUAUCUUUGGUCUCAUCGCUGCUGUCUUUGCCCUCUAA